AUGAGUGCAACAGGAAAUCCCUAUGACAAUACCUUCGAUACAGAAGAGUUAAUAAAUGGUUUGGGAUCACAAUUAUUGAAACCAAAAACAUCAAAAAUUGGUAACCAUAUGGCUAGAAAAACUAAACGCUGGAAUAUUUUAGAGCCCACAGAUAAUGAAGCUAUUUUGCAAAGUUCAACAACUAAGACACCAAUUUCUUUGAAUUAUAUAAAUAAGGAUUUGGUUUUGGAAAAUGAUAAUGCAAGGAUUUGGAAUCAGCAAAAACAUAAUAAAAAGUGGGAGAGCGGUAAAGAUGGUGUUCAUAAAGAGCAAAAGGAAAGUGCCAUUUCACCAGGUCAAUUGUAUUCCACUGAAAGCGGUAGACUAUUUCAUGCUGGGAAAAUUUUGAUUGUUUUGGUUGGCUUACCCGCUACUUCCAAGACAAUGCUUUCGGUAGCAAUUACAAGAUAUACAAGAUGGUUAGGUGUCAAGACCCAAGCCUUCCAUGUUUCUGAAUAUAGGAGACAAAAAAACUAUGACAGUAUCCCUGAUGAUUAUUUCAGAGCUUUGCCAACUAGCAAUGCUGGUUUGAAAAUGAGACGUGAUAUUAUCAAUAAAUGUAUCAACGAUCUAAUCAAUUUUUUUGUCGAAAGUAAGGGCCAAUUAGCCAUCUAUGAUGCUUUGAAUAUUUUGAGCCAAGAGCGUAAAGAGAUAUCUGACAAAUUUAAGGAAAUGAAUAUCAAAGUUUUGUUUAUUGAAAGUGUGGUUAAUGACCCCAAACUAUUAGAGCACAAUGUGGAAAUGGCGGUUUGUUCUCCUGAUUAUAAAAAUUGGAACAAACAAGAAGCUAAGAAGGAUUACAUGAAUAGAAUCAACAUCAAUAAGCCAUUGUAUAAGGAAAUGACAUCAAAGGAGGACUUGAGUUUUGUGAAGUAUAUAAACUUUGGCGAAAAGUUAAUGGUUAAUCAUAACAAUUAUGGUUAUUUGAUUAAUAAAAUUGUGUUUUUCUUAAUGAAUCUGAAAGAAAAAAAGGGUAAAGUGUACUUUAGUAGAUGUGGUACGAGUGACAAUGAUAAGUAUAUAGAUGAUGAGGUUUUAAAUGAUGAGGGUGUAGCUUAUUCAAAAGCUCUAACCGAAUUAGUCCUGAAGAGAAUUAAUUUAAAUAGAAUGGAAAAAAAUUCUAGUAACACCGAUUGUUCUGAUACUGGUAAUACUAUUGGUAGUGGUACUAACAGUAGUGGUAGUAGUGUUAUUUCUACGAAUUCCUCACUCUCUUUACCACUUAACCAAUUUAGCACUAACCCUGUUGAGGUGGAUGCUGCAUCUAGCAAUACUCGUUCGAGAGAACAUACACCGCUAAUACCAACUGCAGCUACACUUAAUCGUUCAAUUUCGGAGGGCAAAGCUGAAUUCAAACAGUUGCCGUAUGGUGACGGGUCUGACGAGGAUUCGUUUGUCGUUUGGACUGCUCCUAGGAAAAGAACUUAUGAUACUGCAAAAUUUUUCCAAAACAUGGGGAUUAAAGUUCGUAUUAGAAGUCAAUUACAACAAUUACAUCCAGGUUUAGUUGCUGAUAUGAAAGAUGAAGAAAUUAAGGAAAAAUUUCCUAAUGAAUAUAAAGAACAUUUAAGAGAUCCAUAUCAUCAUCGUUAUCCUCGUGCGGAAUCUUACCAUGACUUGGCAGUUAGGAUGGAACCUUUAUUGUUAGAAAUGGAAAGAAUGUGCGGCGAUAUCUUGAUUAUUGGUCAUGAAACUACGUUGAGAGUAUUGUAUGGUUACUUGAUGGCUAGCUCAAGUUUUGAAAUACCAACCCUUGAUUUUACAAGAGACGAACUAAUUGAAAUAUCGUUUGGACCUUACGAAAACAAGGUCAAAAGAAUCCCAAUUGACUUUGCUGUUGGGCAUUAG